GCAUCCCAAGCGAUAAAGCUAGCAAGCCAAACCGGCUUUUGACAAAUAGUUCCUAUAACAUAUAACAAAUCAUUUGUGGGUGCAAAACCAAUUUCAGAUUAAUACAUAGGAAACGGACGUUAUUGAUGUUGCAUACUGAAUAGGUCUGUAUGUUCUGGCUAACAUAAAUGUGCCUCAACAACCCUAAAUCGUUGCAACAAAACAAAAAUACUAACUUAGCUAGCUAAUGUUUUUAGCCUUAGUUCACAGACGAACACGUUAGUUAUAAGUUCUCUGGCUAGGUAGCUAUUUUACUCGAUUACAAGCUCGGGUACAUCAAGCAAUGUCAGGACGAAAGAGGACGCAAAUAUCCGUACCUGAGUCCGAGGACCAAGUAAAAAAGGGCGUGUCACUGAGACAGGUGAGGUCUACCGACCAUGAGAGCGGUGAUGUUAAACCAGGGACAGUGAAGAGUCAAUACUUCUCCAAGGAGGGGGACCCUCAAAGGCUUGGAGAAGAGUUCUUCAACCAGCCCUGUAUAAGUUUGGCUAAAGCAUUCCUGGGCAAGGUAUUGGUGCGUCGGAGUGCGGAUGGCACUGAGCUGAGAGGGAGGGUGGUGGAGACUGAGGCCUACCUGGGAGGAGAGGACAAGGCCUCUCACUCUGCUGGGGGAAAAUGCACUGAGAGGAACACAGCAAUGUUUAUGAAACCCGGCACCAUCUAUGUGUACCCCAUCUACGGCAUCUACCUCUGUAUGAAUGUUUCCAGUCAAGGGGAGGGUGCUGCCGUGCUUCUGCGGGCUCUGGAGCCUCUACAUGGCUUGCCUCUGAUGAGGCAGCUGCGGACAGCCAGGCGGAGAGAGGGGGCCCGGCCCCUGAAGGACAAGGAGCUAUGCAAUGGUCCCUCAAAGCUGUGCCAAGCCCUGGACAUACAACGCUGCUUCGACCGGAGAGACCUAGCCUCAGAGCCAGAGGUGUGGCUAGAGAGGGACCCCCAGAUAGGACCGCAAGAGCCAGGCCUCAGGGAGGUGGUCUCAGCAAGCCGGAUCGGCAUUGGCUCUCAUGGGGAAUGGGCCACCAAACCCCUGCGCUUCUAUCUGCGUGGUCACCACUGUGUGAGUGUAGUGGACAAACAGGCAGAGACAGAGAGUUGAAAUUGGGGAUAUUUUUGGAAUUGCAUCAAACCAUGAUGAGUACAUAACAUUUUUUUCUUAACUAUAACCAGCUUUUUACAGACAAUGCUAGAGCAAGUGAAAACAUGUCAGCUAUGAGCUAUUUCAGUAAUUUGGUCUAGCUAUAGGCAAAUCAUUGCAAAAGACCCAAAGCCAAAAUGUUUGCUCCGAGGGGAAUCCAGACUCAAUAGAUACACACAUUGUUGCCCAAACACAAAUCCCACAGAUAUGGAAUAUGCCAUAUUUGUUUGCUACAAAUGAUUAAACUACAUUCCAAACAUCUGUAAAAUAUUUGAUCUAGCCUCCCCUCCCUGCUAUCAAAGCAACUAGAAUUUCCAUUCCAGUCAUUCUCAAUCUUCCACCUGUUUUUUAAUAAAAGUCCUUGCUUGAAAA